CACACCACUUUGAAGAAAUCGCUCCUCCUAGCAAUAUUUUCUACACUUAUCCAUUGCAUUGAGUAUAUCGGAGUGCUGCUGCAUACUCUUCACGCUCAACCUUGCACUUAAAAGGCACCAUUGUAUGUUCCGUGCCGCACUUCCCAGGCGGAACCCUAUCCCCGCAUUAUUUCGGUACUAUAGUAGAUCCGCCAAGAUGUCGUUGAAGGCCAUCUCCUCAAAAGAUGCCGCAUCUCUCGAUAAAGACCUCAUGGAGAUAGGUGGCUGGUCAUUGGACCAGUUAAUGGAACUAGCGGGCCUCUCUGUCUCUCAAGCCGUCUACCGCAUUCAUCCACCAAGCUCGGGUAAGGAUGUCUUGGUUAUCUGUGGCCCGGGAAAUAAUGGCGGCGAUGGCCUAGUAGCCGCACGCCAUCUAGCUCACUAUGGGUACAAGCCCUCAGUUUACUAUCCAAAGCAGGGCAAGAACGAGCUUUACCAGCGCCUCAAAACGCAACUCGAGAACCUCUCCGUCCCAUUCAUCUCCGACCUCCCCGUUGCCAUCAAAUCCGCCGACUUCCUCGUCGACGCCAUCUUCGGCUUCUCAUUCGGCGGACCUCUCCGCGAACCCUUCCCAACCAUCAUCUCCCAAAUCGAAACAGCCAGUAUCCCCGUUUUGAGCGUCGAUGCGCCCAGUUCCUGGGACAUUGAGAGCGGGCCACCCAAGGAAGGCCCGGGAUCGAAGUUCAUGCCGGAGGCGCUCAUCAGUCUGACUGCGCCGAAGCCGUGCGUGAAGUAUUAUAAGGGACGGCAUUUCCUGGGUGGACGGUUUCUGACGAAGAGUAUUGCGGAUAAGUAUAAAUUGGAUCUGCCGGAGUAUCCAGGUAUCGAGCAGAUUGUCGAGGUGGGGGUGGAUGCUGAGGGAAAGCUUUGAGCGCUGGAGUGGGUAAAUGAUGAAUCAAAUGGCCUAUGUGCAAGGCUUAGGUACAUAGUAGAUGAAGGUCAGAAUAAUUAUGAGUUUACAUUGUUGUUACAUCAUAUGCAUAGUGCUAUGGGACACCUAAUAUUAGCGAUGAAUAUCUUGAGAAUAUGUCCAAAUGGAAUUCAUGCAGUGUAGUGUGUAUCGCUAUCGUGAACUAGAGAUGUAUACGUGCUAUAGACAGCAGUAGUGAAGCAGAACACAGACGCUCCAUGAGGUAUGAGACGUCUUAAGACCCGGGCCUUAACAUGCUAUACCUUCAUGAUAACGACUCCCUAAUCUCGCCUAUGAUACCCUUGAUUCUUGGUUCUUUACCAAGGCCCGAGCUUGAAAUCGUCUUCAAAACAUCUCCAACAUCGUACACU